AUGGCGCCCAGACUUGCGUUCCUCCUCCUUUUUUCCUGCCUUACUACCGUCGGCCGGCCAUUACCACUAGAACUCGGCAACCCAGAGCCCGUCUACGCAUACGUCCCCAAUCCUGCGGGACGUGGCACUAUCGGCCUUGUUUAUACGUGUCUCCUAACACUGGCUCUUUGCCUCUGGACAGCUAUGCACCCUGACGUUGCGUUUUGUAGAGGUUCCUGGAUAUACGGACCGACUUACAAGGUGACUUGGAUGGUAUGCGCCAUCAUCUUGCCCGAAUUCGUCGUGUGCUCCGCGGCAUCCCAAUUCCUCCAAGCGAGGGCUCUGCACAAGGAGUGGGAGGCGUACUGGGGGAAACGACGUGAUCCCAAACGGCAGAGGUGGUUGGGGCUCGAGGGUGCGUUUCUGGUCGUUAUGGGUGGGUACAAAAUCACCUGUCCAGUGACUCGCUCCCAGGAGACCCCAGCCAUGGACAGAGGUUCUGCGCCAAAUUUACAGUCCGCCGACGCCAUAUCCCGUGUCGGUGUUGAUUGCACCUGCCCGAACGCUAUGGACGGCGGACAGCCCGUUCGUCGAAUCCUCAGGCCAGCGGGCCUCAGCCAGUUGCUUGCGCUGGAGGACGGCGCGUUCUUUUCGAAGCUCGUCAAGUCAGGAGUCCUUAAUGAAACGCAUUUCGACCGCCGUCACGUCUCCGACAAGGGCAAGGCCAACUAUGCCGCCAAGCUGCUGACCGCGGUGCAGAUCCUGUGGAUCGUGGUGCAGUGGAUAGCGCGAAAAGUUGACGGGCUGGCAAUUACGCUGCUGGAGGUGCAUGUGUUGAUCGGAAUUCCAUACACCUUGAUCGCAUACUUCUUCUGGUGGUCUAAGCCACUCGAUGUCAGCAUGCCGAUUGUCCUACCAAUCUGCCACCACCUGCCUCCUGACAGCGACACCUUUGGCCAGUGGCGUCUUUCGGCGUCGCAGUCUUGUGCCGAGCUCGAUGGACGAGACAGCGGUCCGUCACGGCACCACCAGCCGAUGCGGCCCCGCCGGGCCAGCCCAUCCCUGCUGAGUGUCAUUACCCGCGCCGGCUACGACUUCGCAUGGAAUUUCGAUCAGCGAGCCGAGUUGCUGUCAGCUCUCAUGGCGGUGAUAAAUGGGUGCCUACAUGCCACCGCGUGGGUGUCUCACUUUCCCACUACAGUUGAGCGAGACCUCUGGCGGGCGGCUUGCCUUGGUGUCACUCUCGGGCCAGUGGCGAUCUACGUCAUAGUCCGGGAAACAGAUCUAGAGUGUCGGGGACUGCAGUUCUUGCACCGUCUGGCGACUCGGGACGUCAAGAGUCUCAAGACAGCUAAGAAUCUCAUCAACGAGGCCGUCGUCGAGAUGUGGGCACUGAUCGUUCGCCCUUCAAGCGUCGAGACAAGUGCUGGAAACAGAGACAGUGUGAGAGGAAUGCCCGCGGCCUGGCCAACCUGGUGUCGACAUCUCGUCGCUCUUGCCUUGAUGAUUUGUGGUGCGAUUUAUACGGCAUCCAUGUGGUACUUCAUCGUGGAAGCGUUCAUUAGCCUACGCGGCAUCCCGGCGUCAGCGUACAGGACGGUAGAUUGGACGAACUACUGGCCUCAUUUCUAG